AUGUCUGGUCCCCAGGCCUCAUGCUGGGCACAGGGGACUUCAGCCUGCGCUCCAGUUGCUUCCCCUGUAGUAGAGGAGGAAGACAGGAUAGGCUGCGCCAAUGCAGAGUGCCCGGGGUCACACGCCCCAGAUCCGUGCACCAGUUUCUUCCUGACCAAUGACGAGAGCUGUCUCCAGAUGAAUGAAUUUUCCUGGAAGGAUGUCACCAACGCCUUGUCCCUGGCCAACCUGAUCCUGGGACUCUUCUCCAUCUUCUGCAGCUUCUGCAAGAGAUGCCACUGUGCCUCCUGGAUGCUUCUGAUCAGCUUCCUGUUAGACAUGGCAGUCGGGGCGAUAACCAGACACCUCAGCCUCUGCUCCAAGUCAGGAGUGGAGCUGAAUGACUUUGCGGUCUACACCACCUUCGGCUUGGCCUCAGCCAUGCUCCUCGGCGUGGACGGACCUCUGAGUGGGUUCCUGGGCAUCAUCUAUGUGUUAGCUGCUACCUUCCGCCUGUGUUUCUAUUCAACUGGCGCUCAGCUCACCUACAAGGGUCUCCCCUGCCGCUACGCUUCCUGUGUCUUGGCUUCCACCUCCCUUCUGACCAAAGGCAACACAUUCAUUCUCUCUUGCAUGGCCUCACUUAUGAUUCUAUUCAUGAUGGACCAGAGCUACUAUCCACAUGAUGAAAUCCUGGAGUCGGAGAACUGGAAAAAAAUGGUGUAUCUGGGAGGUAUCAUCAUGCUGCUUUUGUCCCCAUUCUCCCUAACUGCCUUUUACUGCCUGCUGUGGUCACUCUCCUACAUCUUCUUUCCAGAUGCUCUGUGGGGCAAAGCAGCAUGUCUCAGGCUACAGUGCCGAGAAAACUGAACAGCUUUACCCACUGCCGCUGGCCUCUGUGGUCUUUGUGCCGGCACAUCGGGCCAAGCCUUGACGUAGCCUCACUAAACCUUUUCCUGUCUCCACGUCUCCUGUGUGCUGGAUAACGUAUGGCCUUGAACCAGAGCAACCCAACAUCGGGCCAGCGGCCUUCACUUUCUCCUCUUGCUCAGGGUUCUGAAUCCCUUGGGGACAACAGUGGUUUAUGUCCUAAAGAACAGAAAGUUUUCCAAGCUGAAGUUGGGCCUGGCUGACUUCCAGCCCUGGUACCAGAUGUGGGUCCUGGUGCACUCAGGUCAGUCCUUUGGAAAGGAGGGAAAACCUUUGGAAUUGGACU